CAAAUUACUUCCUUCUCUCCAUUCUCCGAUCCCUUCCUCUGCAUUCCACCAUUCGGGCACAGCGCCAGCGCCACCGCCACCGUCCGCUGCAAUCCGCCGCCCGCCGCCGCCCGCCGCCGUCCGCCGCCGUCAAGAUGAGUGAUUAACAAUCAACCUCCCGUGCCCGCCUGUCAUACGCCCCCUUAACGGAAGCCGAGCGGAACAACGAAAACGCGGCCUGGGUGACACCCAUAACGGUAGCCAGAAUAUUAAUUUUUUGAAGCGAUAAAGAAGUGUUAGAUAGAAUCAAACACAUAGUUGGCUCACAUUUUUUGGGGAAUUGGGCAUCCUACACGGAAGUUGACCCCAAGGUCCGUGAACUUUGGUGGAAUCUGUUUAAGGGCCAACAUCGAUGGACCGAAGCACAUGGCGCUGAUGUUCUGAGAGCGUAUAAUACAAGGGUCUCUAAGUGGUUUAUACCCACUUUUAAGCGUGCCUGAAAGAGCGGGAUGAAGCCUGGAUGGGCUUCCGAUGAAGUCUGGACCAGCCUUGUUCGCCACUGGUCUUCAGAUCCAAAAUUUGCGCUAAAAAGCACAGCCGGUAAGAAAAACCGGAUGUCCGAAAAGGCCAUGAAGACACAAUGGCACGGGGGGCGCAAACCUCAAGAUAACCAUAAAGAAACUCUGGCGGGACCUGAGAAAAAGACGGUCUCCACGUGGAAGGUUAUCAAACAUUGUUGGACGAAGGGCGGCGAUGAGUCUAAUGUCGAGCUGCCACCCCGCCUCGCCGAAAUUGAAACGAAGUAUCAGGGUGCGGUUGGGAAGAAACGUGCUGAGUUAGGCUUGACUGACUCAGAUAUCGAACUCGAUUCUGAUGCGGAUGAUGAGGCGAUGUUGGAGGCUGCCGGGGUGUAUAAGGGCCGGGUUCCGUGCAUGGGGGCCGAGGGGCUACGAAUUCUGCCCAACUCCAGAGGAGCAUCAUCUUCUCGAUCGAGGGUAGAGGAUCCACGUAUUGCCCAACUGCAGCGAGAAUUGGAGGAGCGACGGGAACAUGACCGAAGAACAAGAGAAAGGCUUGAAGCGAUGGAACAGUAAAUGCAGCGCUUCCCCGCCACAUAUCGGCCUGAAAUUUAUAUAAGGCACCCUGAGACGACUCCUCAAGUUUUGCACAUGGGCAAUAUGGGUUAUCAUUCUAACACUGGGUUGAGCAUGCCUUCAAUGGGGUCAUUCGAAUCUUUUUCGUAUGAAAAUUUUAACCAGUUUCAGACACCCGGCGGCAGCAGAGGAGGAUGCAGCAGAGGAGGAGGCAGCAGCCGAGGAGGCAGCAGGCACCCGACCCGAAGACCACGAAGAGCCCGAAGAAGAUUAUCUCAUUGAUUAUGAAUAUGAUGAUCCUAGAUAUUAUCAUAACGGAUAUUCCCGAAACAGUGUGUAAUAAUACAUUUUUUAAUUUAAAUUGAACAUCGGUUUUAUUACUGUUAUAAUUCCAGUCUGUAAUAAUUACUUUUAUUAAAUUACUG